GCAUUGGUGUAUGUGCGACAAAUGCAUUUAUUCCAGGUACUCAGAAUUUGUGUUUUGAGCCUGAAAUUCAUAGAAGGAUUGACGCCAAACAGAAAGUAGUGUGAUCAAUUGCGAACCGCAUUUCAAAAUUAUUGUGAUUCAACCAUUCAAAACCAUGCAAUCAACUAAGAGCAGUGCUCUACAGAGUGAAUCCAUUGCUGAGCUAAUAAAUAUCAUUAGACCUGAAAGUACUACUGUGAAGAUUGAAAUCGCCAACAACGAACAAGAUAUCGCUGAGGACAUCAUAUCAACGGAAACGAUAAUCGUCAAACAGGAAAUCAAUGAACCACAAUAUGAUGUUACAUGUACUAUCAAGUCUGAAGUAGAAUUUUUCGAGACGAAACUCGAAUUUGAGGAAGCGACAGUUAACGUUCUAGAAACUGCAACAACGUCUAAGAAAAGGAAUCUACAGAACGGCACGGAUUCAAACGAAAAACGAUACAGGUUUACCGUGCCAGAAAAAUGUCAAACUUGUGGACAAACAUUUGGCGGCUAUUCGGAUUACAAGCAGCACUCGCACUUUCACGAAGAUAAACGAUCUAGGCGUUGUCACCAUGAAGGCUGCAAUCAAAUCUUCAGAACGCCAAAUCUUCUUUUAAGGCACCUCGCAACUAGGCACGCCACCAUCUACAAAGGCUUUGAAUGUGGCAUUUGCGAUCAAAAGUUCCAAUUGGCCGAAGACUGCGAACGUCACCGUAAAACGCUGCAUCCCAAACCGUUUUCAUGCUUUGCUUGCGGGCAGUACUUUGCAUUCAAAAAGGAUCUGCUCGAACAUCGCACAGUGGAGCAUUCCGCAUGGGAAGUCGAUUGGGGCGAGGAUGAUGAUGACGAUGAAUCUGAAACGGAUGAUAGUGAGCAAGACACUUCCACUGAUUCAGAAGAAUGUUCUGAGUCUGACACAAGAGACAGUUUCGAAAAAUUGAACGAGGGACAAUACGGCUGUGCUAUUUGUAGAUCUAGUUUCAAGUCCAGUCACGACUUGAAUAUCCACGUAAGAAGCCACACCGAAGCGAACGCCUUCAAGUGUUUGAUAGAAGGAUGCGAAAAGAUCUACAGCGAUGCCACUGAUCGGAACAAGCAUACGCGUCGUCAUCUACAUCUGUUAGAGAGGAGCGACGUUACCAAGUCCAACGUUUGCAAAUUCUGCAACAAAGCCUUCGAGGACUCUGUCACUCUUCAACGACACAUAUCCGUCCACGUAGCGCAAGAACCGAGCUUUCACUGGUACAGUUGUGAGCUUUGUGAAGAGCGAUUCACCACGGCACAACAGCAUCGGCUGCACAUGAACCGACACAAGGGUCAGAAACCGUUCAAGUGUUCCGAAUGUGGCGAAGGGUUCACUUCAAGGUAUAACCGCAAUCGCCAUGAACAGAAGGACGCCUGCGUCGGCGUUGAGAUGGUGCUCUGUUGCGUGGACUGCGACGAAGAGUUUGACAGCGCGCUGAAGCUGUCCAAGCACAAGGAGAUGAAUCUGUGCCCGGUGAGGAAUCGGAUUCGUGUCGAGUCUACCUAAGAGCUGUAGCGGACAUUGCUAUGAUAAAUAAAAUAAUAUUAAUUAUUCCAAAUAAAGAUUUAAAAGCCUG